UGCCCACUGUGCUGGCAUUAUAUCAAGUACCUGCAAGCCAUUGCCGUUCACAGUAUAUUUAUCAAUAGACUAAUGCAUUUUCCGCUCAUCAUUUGUCUGUAAUAGAGGAGUAAUUUUGUUUGGCUGACGCCACCCACAGUAGACGAAAUGUGCAUGUCGUGGAAGAUGUAAUCCGUCAGAUAGAGCAUGCGCAGCUGCUGGGUUCUGGGAGUGUCUGAGCGGCGCAAUAUUGUAGCAGGCAUGAGAUCAGCACUCGCUACUGUGAAGCCAUGGGCGUUCAAACUGGACAAUGACUUGGACUGACAAGAAGAAUAUGAUGUCAAAUGGACUAGACUGAAAUGCGCCACCGGCUAAGCAGAGUGUCGAAGAAAUGUCCAAUCGAAUCUUUCCCGGCGUUUUGGAUAUAGACGGAAUCCCCGCUCUGGGAUAACGGUGCCGGGUAUUAGUGAUUUGUAAUAAGGUAGUUUGUUGUGGCCUACCCUGUUGGAAGACUGCUGUUUUUUCCCCGUUAUGUUGUAGGCAUUGUGUGUAUUCAUUAUUUCCAAGGUGCUGAAUUUAUCAUCAAUGUUGCAGGCCUAGUAUAGUGUGUUUAAUGUUGGCUGCCAAUUCACACCUUUUCUAGUUUUGAUAAUUUUUGUGUAGUUUCAUGUUUUUCAGUGAUAUACUUGACUUAAUUUGCAUCUUAUAGAUCAUUGUGAUUUUUAUAAAGUGCCAAUAACCAUGUUGAUCAGAUAGUGAUUAUGACUAUUGAGGUAGUAAAAAUUCCCUUUAAUCUCUGAUUUUGGAAGCAUUUGUUAAUGUUUUUGAAGUUGAACUCAUCUGACAAUUUAAGUGGACAAUUGUAACAACAUAUGGAACAUAUUUUCAAGUCAGUGUGCCAUUUUGUUCAUGAGAGGCACAGUAUUUGAAUUUGCAGGCUAAUAGGCUACAGCCUGCAGUUUUGCAAAGUCCUACAUAUCCAGUGGGUCAUGAAUUGCUCAUGUUUCUCACCUGCUGUGGGAGUGUUACUUGCUGAGAAACUGCAAUCAGAUUGACAGUUAUAGGGCGAGGCUGUAAGCCAUUUGUGCCAGCCAGGCUCCAGGACUGGGGUCCGUUGUGUGGCGGGAUGCUGAGGACCACAGUGGGGUGUGUGGGGGUGGAGGAGAGAGAUGAGGAGCAGGAGGAUGAAGGUGAAGAGGACUUGCGGGAUGGAGGUGUGCCCUUCUUUGUGAACAGGGGAGGUCUACCGGUGGAUGAGGAGACUUGGGAGCAGAUGUGGAGGCAUGUGGCCCGGAUUCACCCUAAUGGUGAGGCCAUAGGGAAACGCAUCCGGGGAGCCAGUGAUCUGCCCAAGAUUCCAACACUGAGUGUGCCUACAUACCAGCCGACCACCAGUAUCCCACAGCGCCUAGAAGCCAUACAGAAAUAUAUCAGGGAUUUGCAGUACAAUCACACAGGAACACAGUUUUUUGAAAUCAAGAAGAGCAGGCCUCUUACUGCGUUGAUGGACAUCGCCAAGGAGAUGAUCCGUGAGUCACUACCAAUCAAGUGUCUGGAGGCAGUGAUCCUUGGAAUUUACCUCAGCAACAGCAUGCCAGGUGUGGAGCGCUUCCCCCUCAGCUUUAAGACGCAGUUCUCAGGGAACCACUUUUGCCACAUCGUGCUGGGGAUGCACAGCGGUGGCCGCUUCGGAGCACUGGGCAUCAGCCGGCGGGAGGACCUCAUGUUCAAACCCCUGGAGUUCCGCACGCUGGCUGACCUGGUGCAGGAGUUUGAGGGGGCCUACAGGGGCUACUGGCACACCUUGAGGAAGGUGAAGAUUGGUCAGUAUGUGUCCCAUGACCCCCACAGUGUGGAACAGAUAGACUGGAAACACUCCAUAAUAGACGUGGACAAACUGACCAAGGAGGAGCUGCGGAGAGAGCUGGAGAGACACACCCGGGACAUGAGGCUGAAGAUUGGAAAGGCUGCGCCGCCUUCACCCACCAAAGACAGGAAGAGUAGCAUGGGCUCGCCCCUCCGUAACCCAGGCAGCCCCAUGCGCAGGAACAGCCGCAUCGAGAGACGUCCAUCUGGAGAGAAGAAAGUUCUUGAUCCGAAGCCGCCACCAGACAUGAAUGGAUAUCAGAUUCGAGUGUGAGGAGGAUUUCACUUCAUAAAAUCAUCCUGCAAAACAAGAUCUUAGAAUGGUGGGGUUCUGUCUGACAAAAGGUUUGUUCUGGGGAAUGGGGCUUUUGUGUUCUGUUUUCCAAAUAGGUUUGUACCGUGCAAGCAAUUUAUUUAGGGUAUUUUGCAUUCAACAAACGUGAGGUAUACUGUACAGAGCAUGGCCAUGUAAAUAACUGAUUAUUGACUAAAUGUACAGUACUAGUCAAAAGUUUGGACACCUACUCAUUCUAGGGGUUUUCUUUAUUUUUAUUAUUUUCUACAUUGUAGAAUAAUAGUGAAGACAUCAAAACUAUGAAAUACCACAUAUGGAAUAAUGUAGUAACCCAAAAAUAUAUUUUAUAUUCUUCAAAGUAGCCACCCGUUGCCUUGAUGACAGCUUUGC